GCACUCAGAGAGGGAUGGUGGCAAGGGGAGGAGGAGGGAGAGAGAGGGACUGACAGCGACUGCCCUUUCUCCAGGAUGGGUUGAGAGAAAUGAAAACCUCCCGAGCUCCUUCCUUUGGGUGUUUCGGAGCAGAUCCUGCCUGCCUGGCAGGGUGACUCCUCUGCACUGUCUGUGUGCGCGCUGCUGCCAUCGCAGAUGUACCCCCAGCUGUCACUUCCCUGCGCGCAGUCGCUCCCUCUCCCGCCUCUCUCUCUCUUUCCCUCUCCCCCUAUUUAUUAUUUACGGAGGAUUACAGUCCCUUUCCCACGCUGCCAUCUCGCCGUGCGGCUCCUCUGCCCUCCGUGCGGGGCGAGCAGCUGGCUAGCAGGGGCUCCUGCCAACUAGGGUCCACUGAGAGCCCAGCCAGUAACGGAGGGACCUUCUGCUGGAUUUGCUUUGGGAUUGUACUGGGUUCACUGGAAAAGCUGCCAUUCUCACAGGAGGGUCCAUCCCAGCCUGAGAGAGAACCUGUCAGGCAGGCUACAAGGUCAUUCCUCCUCCCAUUGGGGCCAGGUGCCAGGCUGGCUGGUAGAUGUGAAGACACGCUGGAGAAGACAACAAUGCUGCCUACAACUGCUGGCCACCGGUGGAGGAGCAGGUUCCUCAUGAGGUGGCAAGAGGCUUGUCUGCUCGGCUGUUGGCUGUCGCUAUGUGCUGCCGAGUCCUUCUUUGCUUGCCCUUCCUCCUGCAAGUGUAACAGUGGCAACCUGGAAGUGGACUGUAGCGGCUUGGGCCUCUCUUCCAUCCCCUCAGACAUCCCCACAAACACCAGGACCUUCCUCUUUCUCAACAACAAACUCAGCAUCCUGCCGGGAGCAGUGUUUUCCAACCUCUCUGCCCUACAGAGGCUGGAUCUAUCCAACAACUUCUUGGACCAGCUCCCUCAGAACAUCUUCAGUGACCUGGGGAACCUCACAGAGCUCCAGCUGAGGAACAACAGCAUCCGGGCCUUGGACAAGGACCUGCUACAACACACGGCCCUGCUUCGCCAGCUGGAUCUCUCCAUCAACGGACUGGCCCAGAUACCCUCGGGCAUCUUUGACGACCUGCCUGCUCUCCGCUCCCUCUCUCUCAGGUCCAAUCGCCUGCAGAGCCUGGACAGGGUGACCUUCGAACCGCUAACCAGCCUGCAGCAACUCCAAGUUGGGGAUAACCCCUGGGAAUGCGACUGCAACCUCCGAGACUUCAAGCACUGGAUGGAGUGGUUCUCCUACCGAGGUGGGAAAAUCGACCAGCUGGCAUGUACCCUGCCUAAGGAGCUGAAAGGGAAGGAUAUGCGAAUGGUACCUAUGGAGAUGUUUAACUACUGCUCCCAGCUGGAUGAUGAGAAUAGCUCUACUGUGCUGGACAAUACUGGCCCACCCUGCACUAAAGGAAGCCCAACUCCUUCCAAAUCAAAAUCGGGCCCAGAAGCAGAGGUGGAGCCCAGUGUGGGAUGCCCUCAGAAACAGCGAUAUAGGCCUGUGAGCGUGCGCCGGGCUAUUGGCACUGUGAUCAUCGCAGGGGUGGUUUGCGGCAUUGUUUGCAUCAUGAUGGUGGUGGCAGCUGCUUAUGGUUGCAUCUAUGCUUCCCUCAUGGCCAAGUACCACCGGGAGCUGAAAAAGAGGCAGCCGCUCAUGGGUGACACAGAAGGUGAACAUGAAGAGCAAAAACAAAUCUCUUCUGUGGCAUGAAACUCUUCUAGGAAGGAAGGAACAGCAAUGAACAAAGGUACCUGAGAGCAGUCAAGCAUGGGGUCCUCCCAAAUUACAUCUUCCCAGACAGACAGACAGACUGACUGUGCUAUUGCUCCACUCACCCAAGUAGUGCAACAUGCUUCUGGGGGGUCAGGGCACAUGGCUCAAUUUCUGUUCCUCUGCCCCAGGCCCAUUUUGUGCCCUUUCACCCUUGGGCCCUCCCAGACAAAUAAAGUAGAGUCAGACCUU